UGACUCGAUGCAUUGAUAGCGAAGUUAUGCAUUGCUUAACGUACGGUUAGUGACCAACUACGAAGCAGUAGAUCUACAGCUGCCUGAAUGACAGCAUAUUGUUAAUUAAGUUCUAUGAGCUGUUCUUUUGGAAAUUUCUUCAUUGAUACUGUUUCAACUCUGAAAAAUAUUGUAAUCAUCAUUUCUAAGAUCAAGUUCGUGUAGUCCAAAUAGUGUAUUUAUUGAAAAUAUCAAAAUUUCCAAUAUGCUAUCCAGAUUAACAAAAUCUACCAGACCUGUAGAUCAUUCACAAAAUAGUCGGAUCUACGUAAUCCGAAGUUAUUUAACCAAGGACUGCAGCAUUACUUAAAUUGUUUCGGAAAACAACUUAAUCAUCGUGGUAAAACAAAAUUUAUAUAUUGAGAGCGCUAUUUCGAUUAGCGUUGAGACCUGAUAAAGAAAAAAAUGGUCGAACUAGAAAUAGAACACAUGUGGUUGAACGACCUUUGCCAGGUCACAUUUUGCUCAAAAAUUUCGGUAAAUAUAUAAUAAGCUGCUGACGAUCUUUUUGUGGGGUCAUUUAGAAAGUAAGAGUUCACCAAUAAUUCUGGAAGCACUGACGAGUUUAACGCGAACAUUCGUGCCGAAAUUAUUGGGUAAUUGGCUAAGCGUCCGUGAUGCUCAAAAAUGUAGUGGAAACUACGCCGAAGUGUGCGGAAUUUGCUGUGGUCAUUGAAGCUAAGCAUUUGCUAAAAUUUUGAUGAAAUACUAUAAAUGUAUUAUAUUUUUUGUCAAGGACGAAUUUGAAUAAAAAACAUCUCUAAUGUUUAUUCUCUUGGUUCCUGUCCAUCAAUUUUGCUGUCCAGUAAUAACUCAUGAGGGCACAUCGUUGGUAGGUGUUUAUCUUUCUAUCAUCAUUGCAGCAAUAUCGUCUUUACAAGAUAAUAAUUAAGUUGAUUUCUUAACGUUCCUUUGUCUCAAAAAUUUUUAAACACAAAAGUUACACAAUUUCGAAUUAUCUCGAAGAUUCGAAAUCAAAUUAUUUCGGAAGAAUUUUAGCUACAAUGAAGCAUUAAAUAAUAUUUUAGUGAUAAAUACAACUAAAGGCAGACCCCCAACUGUAAAUAUAUUUCCGAAGCAAUUGGAUCAUAAAUCAGUACUUUAUUGUAAAUAAACAACAUUUGAGGAAAUUAUUGCAUUUAGCUUAACAUAAUGCCGAAGUGCUUAUCACUUCCUUUCUGACAGUGUGCUAUUAGUUUACCCUGAUAAAUGUACGGAACACCUGUUUGUUUACUCGAAUAUUCUUACAACAUAUGACCAACACCUGCUGGUGAUUCAGAAGCCACACUCAGUUGCUUUAUGCUAUUUAAGAUUCGUUAUUUGGACGGUUAGACAUCAGUCGCAGUUGAUAUUUUUUGAAGAAAGCUACUACAGAAUACUAAGUGUUAAUAAAAGAAAUAUUUCUAAUUUAAAAUUCAAUUUUAUUUAAAAAUAAAAAUGUUUCGUUUGGCUAUUGUGUGCUUGGCACUUUUCUUGGCCUCGGUUUCUGCCACGAAUGUGAGACAAUGCAAAAAUGGUAGACCUUUUCCUUUAAGUGUUGAAAUUGAGGGAUGUGAUAGCAUGCCUUGCAGCGUGGUCAAAGGCAGUACAGCGGUCAUGAAAGUCAACUUCGUGGGCACUCACGAUAAUACCAAAUCAAUCAGAGGAGUGGUGCAUGCCACCGCUUUGGGGCUGACAGUGCCCUACCCAUUGCCCGAUGAUGUUGCUGAUGUCUGUCGCAAUUUGUUGUAUGGUGCCUCAUGCCCCAUCGAUGAAUCCGAGGAUGUCGUCUACAACUUCAACUUCUACGUUGAUUCGUCCUACCCAGAGGUCAGUGUAAAAGUAGAAUUGGAUUUAAUUGAUGAAAACCAGGAAUCCGUGGCUUGCUUCGUCACCGAUAUUAAGGUGCAGAGAUCUUAAGUGAAAUAUGGACUGGAAAUGUGGAAAAUGUGUAGAAUCUUAUUCAUGGAAAUAAUAUGUUAAUAGUAAAAAAUAAUAAAAUAUAUAUAAAAUGGCUAAAAAGUAAUUGUAAUGUUUUUAAAUAAAGAAUUUGAGGUCGUUAAAAGAGGUUGCCAUAGUGAUGAAAUGUACAUGGAACAUAGUGGAGUCGACAUACUUAUGUAGUUAUAUACAAUAUAUGUAUGUCCUUUUAUAGACUUAUGGUACUGAGUUUACAUUUUAAAUUCUUCUUUAAACCGUUGAUUUUACGUUAAAAUAAAUACAUAAUUUUAUGAAAAUAUUCUUUCUAUAUUUUUUGGUUUUCUACUCUCGCAACAUGUUGGUACAGAGUAUAAUAGUUUUGUUCAUAUAUAUAUAUAUAUAAUAAUUUUAGUAAGUUUCAUUCUGAUUUCAAGUCCAGGUCAUUUUUUUUAAAUUAGUUCUCUUUUGAAAUGUCACUGACUAACCCUAAUAGUGAUUUUUAGCCAACAAGCUUAUCACCCGCUACCGUGUGCGAUGAAUUAUGGAUAAUGCUGAUAAGUGCUUCUGAAACACCUGCAACCUUUCAGCUCAGCAUUCAUCACUAGUCCAAGUGGACGCAAAUUUAAAAACAAGUUUGUAUUGUAUUUAUGACUAGUUCUUUUAUUUGAAAUAAAUUAAGCCAGCAUGUGGUAUUUAAGUAGUGUAAAUAACUCGCUUAUGCGUCAAAUAGAGUUGGUAAUUCCGAAGGAGUACUACGCCGUUGGAUUCCAUACAUUUCAAAAAUAAAAAAAUCACUUUAAGUUUUAUAAAAAAAUUCAUCGAGGAUGUACCGUUUGACCGUAAUGUGUCUAGCGCUUUUGGUGGCUACUGCAGCGGCGACAAAAGUGAAUGAGUGCAAAAAUGGUCAGCCAUUUCCGCUAAGCGUUGAAGUGGAGAACUGUGAAGAUUUGCCAUGUGAUGUGCACAAAGGCUCUACGGUGGUGAUGAAAGUACAUUUUUUGGGCACACGCGAUAAUAUUAAAUCAAUCACUGGUGUGGUCCAUGCCACCACUUUGGGGCUGACAGUGCCCUACCCACUGUCCGACGAUGUUGCCAAUGUGUGCAGUAAUUUGUUGUAUGAUGCCAUGUGCCCCAUUUAUGAAACCGAAGAUGUCGUAUAUAGCUUUAACUUCUACGUUGAUACCUCCUAUCCAGAGAUCAGUGUAAAGGUACAAUUGAAUUUGGUGGAUGAAAACAAGGACUCCGUUGCUUGCUUUAUCACCGAUAUUAAAGUACGCAAGGCAAUUAGUUAAGAUUUGAAAUUAAUGAGACAACUUUGUAAAUAGUGGAUAUUGGUAUUCUUUAAAUGUAAUGAAUGAAAUUAAAUGUAUACAUUUUUUUAAAGGGUAAA